AUCCAGACUUCCUCCGGCGGUGGCUAGAGGCUGCGCAUUUGGGGCUUUAACAUACAAAGGGAUUGGCAGGACCAGCGGCCACAGGCAGCGGCGGCGGCUGCGGCGUGGCUGAGCUACGGAGGCCGGACCUUACGCCGCUGAGCCGGGGUCAGCAGAGCCAACCGAGCGGAGUGCGCCCUCCGAGCGCAGCCCUGCGCCGCAGAGCAGGCGCCAGACAGGCGGCGACGCGGCCACACGCACCGAGCCAGCGACCCCCGGGCGUAGCGCGGGGCCCGGGACCGCAAUGAUGGAAGCGCAAGGGGCCCGGGGCGCGCUUGCCGGUGCCCUGCGGACGCUGUGCGUCCUAGGCUGCCUGUUGGGCCGCGCCGCCGCCGCGCCAUCGCCCAUCAUCAAGUUUCCCGGCGACGUCGCCCCCAAAACGGACAAAGAGCUGGCUGUGCAAUACUUGAACACCUUCUACGGCUGUCCCAAGGAGAGCUGCAACCUGUUUGUGCUGAAGGACACACUGAAGAAGAUGCAGAAGUUCUUCGGACUGCCCCAGACAGGCGAACUUGACCAGAACACCAUUGAGACCAUGAGGAAACCACGCUGCGGCAACCCUGACGUGGCCAACUACAACUUCUUCCCCCGCAAGCCCAAGUGGGACAAAACCCAGAUCACAUACAGGAUCAUUGGCUACACGCCUGAUCUGGAUCCUGAGACGGUGGAUGAUGCCUUCGCCCGAGCCUUCCAAGUCUGGAGUGACGUGACCCCCUUGCGGUUUUCUCGCAUCCACGAUGGAGAGGCUGACAUCAUGAUCAACUUUGGCCGCUGGGAGCAUGGAGACGGGUACCCCUUUGAUGGCAAGGACGGACUCCUGGCACAUGCCUUUGCCCCAGGCCCUGGAGUUGGGGGAGACUCCCACUUUGACGACGAUGAGCUGUGGACCCUGGGAGAAGGGCAGGUGGUCCGUGUGAAGUAUGGGAACGCUGAUGGGGAGUACUGCAAGUUCCCCUUCCUGUUCAAUGGCAAGGAGUACAGCAGCUGCACAGACACGGGCCGCAGUGAUGGCUUCCUCUGGUGUUCCACCACCUACAACUUCGACAAGGACGGCAAGUAUGGCUUCUGCCCCCACGAAGCCCUGUUCACCAUGGGUGGCAACGCCGACGGACAGCCCUGCAAGUUCCCGUUCCGCUUCCAGGGCACGACCUAUGACGGCUGCACCACCGAGGGCCGUACGGACGGCUACCGCUGGUGCGGCACCACCGACGACUACGACCGGGACAAGAAGUACGGCUUCUGCCCCGAGACAGCCAUGUCAACGGUCGGCGGGAACUCAGAAGGUGCCCCCUGCGUCUUCCCCUUCACCUUCUUGGGCAACAAGCACGAGAGCUGCACCAGCACCGGCCGCAAUGACGGGAAGAUAUGGUGUGCGACCACGAGCAGCUAUGAUGAUGACCGCAAGUGGGGCUUCUGCCCGGACCAAGGGUACAGCCUGUUCCUCGUGGCAGCCCACGAGUUUGGCCAUGCGAUGGGGCUGGAGCACUCAGAGGACCCUGGAGCCCUAAUGGCGCCCAUUUACACCUACACCAAGAACUUCCGCCUGUCCCACGAUGACAUCAAGGGCAUUCAAGAGCUCUAUGGGGCCUCCCCUGACACUGGCACCGGCCCCACCCCCACGCUGGGACCCAUCACUCCUGAGAUCUGCAAACAGGACAUUAUCUUUGAUGGCAUCGCUCAGAUCCGUGGGGAAAUCUUCUUCUUCAAGGACCGGUUCAUUUGGCGGACAGUGACACUGCAUGACAAACCCAUGGGACCCCUGCUGGUGGCCACAUUCUGGCCUGAGCUCCCGGAAAAGAUCGAUGCUGUAUACGAGGCCCCGCAGGAGGAGAAGACUGUGUUCUUUGCAGGGAAUGAGUACUGGGUCUAUUCAGCCAGCACCCUGGAGCGUGGGUACCCCAAGCCACUGACCAGCCUGGGGCUACCUCCUGAUGUCCAGCGAGUGGAUGCUGCCUUUAACUGGAGCAAGAACAAGAAGACAUACAUCUUUGUUGGGGACAGGUUCUGGAGAUACAAUGAAGUAAAGAAGAAAAUGGAUCCCGGCUACCCCAGGUUGAUCGGAGAUGCCUGGAAUGCCAUCCCUGAUAACCUAAACGCUGCUGUGGACCUGCAGGGCGGUGGACACAGCUACUUCUUCCAGGGAGAAUAUUACCUGAAGCUGGAGAACCAAAAUCUGAAGACCGUCAGGUUUGGAAGCGUCAAACACGACUGGCUGGGCUGCUGAGCUGACCCCCAGCUCCUGCAGGCCCUUCCUCUCCGUCACCUUCCACACACUGGGUCCUGAGCACCAGGGAAGGACCUGGACGGGCCUGGCAGCCCCACCUCUAGCUCUGUACUUAAUCAGCAUUCUCAUUUCCACCUGGUAAUUUAAGAUUCUGGAGGGCAGCUCCAUCCUGGGCCUAAGGAAAGGUGCUGAUUAUACCCAUUCCAUCUGCCCCUUCUCCCUCCAAUCCCACCGGCCCUCAAGAGCCACCCCAAAGAGGUGCUUUGAUAUUCUCAAGGCAGUCUUGCCUUGAGCUGCCCUGGUGGUGCCCUGUCUUCAGAGUCUUCUCUCUCCACAACCUUCUGUGGCUCUCAGCACCCUUGGAGCCAACCGAGACUAUCUUGAGAGCCCACUGGUGGCCCGACAGCCUGGCCUGGCAUAGAGCAGUGGGAUAGGGGCAGGGCCAGGUGGCCACCCAGACACCUGGAUUCUUACUGCUGGCUGCCUUAGAACCUUCCAGACAUUAGCAGUUUGCUUUUUAUGCACUUUGUUCUUUUUAUUUUGACCGUUUUGUUUUUCCACUUUGAAAUUGCAUUUCUGGACAGAAGGCCUCAGGUUGUCUGAAGUUACUGCACAAUUCAUCUCAGCCCACAUAGCGAUGGUUUCCUUGUUCACUCUAUUUAGUAUGUGCCUAGCCUGUCACUUCCUCUACUGGAUGGAGGAAAACCAAGCCAUGGCUCCCUGCUCAGCCCUCCCCUCCUCUCCUUUCAACAAUUCCCCAUGGGAAAUGUCAACAAGUAUGAAUAAAGACACCAUUUGAGUG